GCCCGGAGCCUCGCGGCCUCCCCUCAGCCCGCGUGGGCCCCGUCCUUGGCGUGGGCAGGGGGCAGGCCGCUGGAGGCUGAGCUAGGAGUGGCCCUGGCAUAAGCCUUUACUGUGCGUUCCAGGAUCCUCAGACUCUGUUAUAAACUAUUGAAGGCGAAGAAGGGAUCGGCGGGAGCCCAGCCCGAGAUGAGUCUGGAGUCCCUGUUCCAGCACAUCAUCUUCUCCGAGCACCUGGCGGAGGAGAGUCGCCGCUUGAUGCGACAAGUCAGGUCGGAAAUAAACAGAUGUCGUGAAAAAAUUAAGAAAGCAGCCGAGGAGCUGAAUGAAGAGAAAAUCAAGUUGGAGUCUAAGAUUCAGCAGUUUUCUGAAAAAGCCUUCCUCUUACAGCUUUUGAAAACUCAUGAAAAUGCCUUAGAAAGACAGUGCAGUGAAAUUACAAGCCAAAGGAAUACGCUUCUCCAAACGUUUGAGGCUACAAAGACAAAAGUGACAGAGGAGGAAGAAAAAUUUAUUAAGGAAAUUACAGACUUCAAUAAUGAGUAUGAUAUAACAAAGAAACGAGAGCUUUUGGUGAAAGAAAAUGUCAAGAUUCAAAUAUCUGACUUAGAAAACGAGGCAAACAUUCUGAAAAUGGAAAUGAAGUCAGUGGAACAUGAUAGUGGCCAGUUAAAUGAACUUCAAAAACAAAAGAGUGAAUUGAUACAAGAAUUAUUUACUUUGCAGAGAGAGCUUAAAGGUUUUGAAGAUAAAAAAAAAGAAGCCGUUUGUACUACCAAGUACCUAGAGGCAGAAAAAAUAAAAAUCAGUGAAAAGCCUCAAAAUGAUGCUGAAUGCUUAAGGUAA